UGUUUGUGUGUGAAAGCUAUCUGGGGAGAAGUUUGUUAUAUUUCAUCAUCUCCGGUGUCUCUGUAGCGAUCGUUCCGGUUUCCCUCCGUUUUUCUCUCUCACACACACUAUGUAGCUUUCACUGUCUGUGAUUCUUGAUUCGAUCGGAAAGUGAAAUCCGGUACAGGGUAGAGUGAAAUGAUCCAUGAUGUUUGUUGAUUGUGUGAUCAGAUAGCUCGAGUUUGUGUUUUCUGCGACAAGGAUUGAAGAUGUUGGAUCUUAAUGUUGAUGUUGUUGUUAUAAAUAAGAAUUGCGAUCGAAGUAGUUUUGAUACUAAUGGUUGUAUCGCUGUCAAUAAGAAUGUUCAUGAAGAUCGUCAAUCGGAGAUUCAUUCCGGUACUUCAGUUUCCUCUGACGUACUCAACACCGACGAGGAUAAUCCUCUCGUCACCGACGAUGUCGUUGAUGAUGAAGACUCUGUAUCAUACAGUGCUUUUGAUAAGAGGUCUUUUCGUAAUGAUAUCUUUAGUCAAACAGGAGAAUCGAGGGAAAAUUCAAAUCGAGUUUCUGUCGGUUUGAUUACGAGGCAAUUUUUUCCUGUUGUUAGUUAUUUGGAGUUGGAGGAGGAGUUAGGUUCUCCAUUGAUAAAAGCAUCACCGUCGGCGACAUCGGUGCUUGGGCUGGACUGGUUAAAUCUCAAGGUUCCGGAAGCUGCGCCGAUGCCACAGAACAUGCAACCGCUGCCGCCACAGAAAGCAAGGAAAAGCCGGAGGGGACCGCCGUCCAAGAGUUCACAGUACCGUGGAGUAACGUUUUAUCGUCGGACUGGUCGAUGGGAAUCGCAUAUUUGGGAUCGUGGAAAACAACUAUAUUUAGGUGGAUUUGACACUUCCCAUGCUGCAGCUAGAGCCUAUGAUCGGGCUGCAAUCAAGUUCCGGGGAAAUGAUGCCGAUAUCAAUUUCGAUAUAAGCGACUACGAGGAAGAUAUGACCCAGGUGAAGAACUUGUCAAAAGAAGAAUUCAUUCAUAUACUGCGUCGGCAGAGCAAUGGAUUCUCAAGAGGAAGUUCAAGAUACCGAGGAGUAACCCUUCACAAAUGUGGUAGAUGGGAGGCUCGCAUGGGUCAGCUACUUGGGAAAAAGUAUGUUUACCUUGGAUUAUUCGACAAUGAAGUAGAAGCUGCAAGGGCUUAUGACAAAGCUGCCAUUAAAUGUAAUGGAAGGGAAGCCGUCACCAACUUUGAGCCAAGCACUUAUAGCACAGAUAUAAAUUUGGAAGAAAGGGAUGAAGCAAAUGGUCACAAUCUUGAUCUCAACCUAGGGGUUUCUCCCACUACAGCGGGCCCCGAGCGGAAUCACAAGGUUCAGAACGUGGAUGUGGGUUUUACAGCUUGUGAAUUGUCUUCUGGGAAAAGACAAAAGGUUGGGGGUCUUGCUCCAACUUCUAUUGGUGGACGAUCCCACACAGCCGUACCGCACCACUAUCCCGCAUGGCCUAGCAUGUAUUCCGGUCAUCCACCAAAUUAUGAGGAUAUGGGGAGAGGAAAGGGAUCUGCAGGCGUUGUUCCUUCGGCAGACGCAGCAUGGCAAAUGCAAAUGCAAAUGGCGACUAGCCAUCAUGUGGUUGUGCCUUUCCCCGUUGCCUCUACCGCAGCAUCAUCAGGAUUCUCUUCUUUUACCAACUUCACAGACCCGCUUUUCUUAUCCACUAAAAACAUGCAGCAGCAGCAGCAGCAGAAGAAGAAGAACAAGAUUACUUCCUUCAAUCCAAUGCCUCCUGCUGCUACUUCUUCCCAAUAUUAAACCGUUUAAAAUUUGUUGAAUAGACCUUUACUUCUCUAUUUCAUGGUUACCUGUGACUGCAAAUUCUUGUAAACUUCUUCCUACCGACCUCACUGUUGCCAUUCAAUUCAUAAGAGAUACAUGUAACUGUAUGUUCUGAAACAAAUCACUCGUAUGAAUUCCCCACCAACUUCAGCUUC